UCUUUGUUUUCAUACCUCAAAGUUUUGUUGAUAAAAUUGUUGUGUCUUUUUUUUUUUUACUUUUGUAGAUAUGUCAAAUAAAAAUGUUUUUGAGGUUCCUAUUUCUGCAGAAGAGUUGAAGAUACGAAGUGAGCUUGCGAUGAAGAUUGAAAAGGAUUUGGAAGAGGAGAUUAAGGAAGGAAUAUACAAUCUUGCUCGUCGAUUGAACCGAGUUUUUCAGCAAAGGAAGGAAAGAGAGGCCAAAGAAGCUUUGUGUGAUACGGUAAAUAACAAAACUAGAGCACUUUCUAAGGUGGUUAUAAACAUAGGAGUUGAAGGAGGAACUAAGAUUGAAAUCAAGGAGGUUAACAAAGAAGCAAAAGAAAGGCGUUGUGAUUUUCGACCGAGAAAAGAUUUGAAAGAAGUGAAGGAAAUUGAUUGGGAGAGGAGUUUGAGAAGAGGUUCAUGUCCUGUUUAUGUGAAAGGAUCAUGUGUUAGAUCAAAGCAAAAGGAUAGAAAUGUGAUGAGGGGAAAGAAUGGAAGUGAAGAUAAGAAGGUUUUUCACUUUGGGUGGAAAUUUUAAAAUUCAAUUUCUUUUGGUUUGUUUUCUUUUUGUUUUGUUGCUUUGGUUUGCAUGAAAGAAUAAUAUAGUAUAGUUUGGGAUGAAUUUUCCAUAUCGUAAAAGAUGCAUGCAACGAGUGGAUUGAAGGUUUGAAAGUUGUUUUGGUUAAACAGUAUCAAUUUAGUGUGAGAUAAUGAUAUUUAUGUUUUGAAAAUUUGAAGUAUAG